UUUAGGGGGUAUAUGCUAAUUUUUUUAACAUAGGAAAUUUUCGGACAAUUAGACAUUACACCGCCGCUUGCUAAAAACUCAAGAAAUUUGAGUUUCUGUCUUGACAAUCUACAAUUUGUUCCAUUUAAUUUACCCGCUUUAAAACCCUCGUCAAGAUCUGGCCGAGGGUUCGGUGUGGGAGUCAUGGUGAAAACCGUAAUUGGAGAUGAAACCCAUCUCAAAUUGAUCGAAGAUCGCCUCUCUCGCUCCGCCCUCCCAUCUCAGGUAGGUCUUGUGAUUGGAAAAUUGAGUUCCAAGUUAGAUAGAGGAUUCGUGUAUGAUUUGGUGCCUACGCCACCAAAUGACGCCGGAGAACCGCCAUGUUCGAUAAUUGAUGACAAAAGUAAGAAGAAGAAUCCAUCCAAACCUAAAUCUCAGCCUGAUUCUUCAUCUCUCCUCAUCGAUACCGAAUGGGUCUCCGAGCAUGCUCGCCAGGUCACAAGAAUGCUAUUGGGUGGCAUGAAGGUGGUCGGUAUUUACAUAUGGGUCAAUGAAAGCUUGUUCAAGAAUUCGACAAUGACAUUAUGCCAGACUGUAAAAGCUGUUGCAGAAGCAGCUUCCCCAAUGAUUAGCGAUGGGAAUGAGAGACUUCUAGUUCACAUUAGUUACAGUCCUUUGAGAUGGACAUCCCGCAAUUGCUCGCUGGCAGCAAAUGUUACUUCAAGCAGCCUACGACCGUGUGAUUUUAAAAUGGGAAAAGUUUUUGGUUCGCUUCAAACAUUCAGAUGCACAUACAAUUUUGAUGUAAGGCUGCCUAUACCUCACGAGAAUGGACUGGAUAUUAAAUCUUUUUCUGAUUCUCUUCGUGAUGAAAUUGCGGUCCAUGCUAAGGAACUAUCAGGGGCAAAGGCUUUGAUCAAUGGCAAACUGGUGGCUGAUGAUGAUCUAUGUGUAUCAGAUGACUUUCAUGAAGUUGAAUUUCUUCUACCUUUACUGCAAGAUAAAUAUUUAGAAGCGUGCAACCAAAAAGAGGUUCUUGGUAUUCUUCUCUUCCGAGGUUCCAUAUGUUCUCUUGCAUACUUGAAUUCAAAGGAACCUGUAUCACAAGCUUUGGUGGAUAUAAAGGAGGACAUCACAAGGAGUUUGCAAAGUAGACUGGAGAUUAUGUGUGAUGAGGGUGACACGGACUUAGAACCUGUUACGGAUGGUCGUCAGGAAAUAAACAACCUUAUAUCAUCUGACAAACCUCUUCCGUACAUUGACCUUCAAGUGCAACGAAAGCAAUGCAACCUAUCAUUUCCUCGAAGAGUGUUUGUUCCAUGGCUGGAGGGUACAUACAUCUGUGAUUAUAUUCAGUCAUCCGAGACAAUGGAGGUUCUGAAAGAUCAUUGUGUUGAACUGAUGUCGAUAGAAGUUCCAACAGAUGGUUCCGAAAUUUUGGAGCCUGAAUCUGAAGCACCCACUGUGAUAGCUUCUUCAACUACCAAAACCUUUUGGGGGAUUGCAACUGACUACUCAUAUGCAGCUAAGUCGUCAUCUAACUCUAUCUCAAAGGCCAACAAAUUUGGAAAUGGAAACAAUCCCGCACAUGCGACCGACUUUAAAUCGAUGUUACCGGUUUUGGUUAUCGUAUUUUCUGUUAUAAUUGGGCUAGUCUGUUACGUUAUUGGGAUAUGACUAGUAUUUUGGUUUUACCUUAUUGAGCCAACUUUGCAGGGAAUUUUGGACGAAAGAUUCAAAGAUUUUUUUUUUUUUCAUUUUCGUAAUUAUUAUAUAUGUAGCACAAUGUUCGAUUGGAAAAAACUGUUUGAAUCA